CUGCGGGCGCGGCCCGACGCUCGGCGAGGCGGGAGACGGCUCCGGAAGGCCAGAGGGGAGGAAGAGGAGCCUGUGGGUGCUGGGCUAGAAGAGCAGUCUCAGCUUACCUCGAAUCCUUCCAGAAGGUUCUAAGUGUCUGUCAGUGGGACAGCCCAGAGAAGAGGACCCUGAGGUGCUGGCAUCCAGUUCUGAGCAGCUGUUGGAAGUCCACUAAGAGGACCUGAGAGGAGGCGCCUAGACGGCCUCUGGGGACCUGCAGCACAGGCCACCGUCGUCAUCUCUGCUGCCUGUUCUGAGAGUCAGGUGCCACUAAGAUGUCAAACCCAUUCCUGAAGCAAGUGUUCAACAAGGACAAGACUUUCAGGCCCAAACGCAAGUUCGAGCCCGGCACGCAGCGCUUCGAGCUACACAAGCGUGCGCAGGCGUCUCUGAAUGCAGGGCUGGACCUGCGGCUGGCGGUGCAGCUGCCGCCGGGUGAGGAGCUCAACGACUGGGUGGCCGUGCAUGUGGUGGACUUCUUCAACCGCGUCAACCUCAUCUACGGCACCAUCAGCGAAGGCUGCACUGAGCAGUCGUGCCCAGUCAUGUCCGGGGGCCCCAAGUACGAGUACCGCUGGCAGGAUGAGCAGCGCUUCCGGAAGCCCACGGCGCUGUCCGCGCCCCGCUACAUGGACCUGCUUAUGGACUGGAUCGAGGUGCAGAUCAACAACGAGGGCCUCUUCCCCACUAAUGUUGGUACGCCAUUUCCCAAGACCUUCCUGCAGGCAGUGCGCAAGAUCCUGUCGCGGCUGUUCCGUGUGUUCGUGCACGUGUACAUACACCACUUUGACCGCAUAGCGCAGAUGGGCUCUGAGGCGCACGUGAACACCUGCUACAAGCACUUCUACUACUUCGUCACGGAGUUCGGCCUCAUUGACCCCAAAGAGUUGGAGCCCCUGAAGGAGAUGACAUCACGGAUGUGUCACUGAGGGCCUCUCCAGGCCACCGAGACUUGCGGAGACAGCCUGUGUCUCAGGAGCAUCACACCCUCAUCCCGAUGUCUGAGGAACAGCAAGACCAUGGCUUCUGCCCUCUCGUGGUGACUGUGAGCCCUCUGACUCAAACCCGGCCCCUUGCCGCCAUCCAGGGGCUGGACUUGAAUUCUGGACACUGUGCUUUCAGCCACUGGGUUUACACUGGGUUUGUACUGUGGCCUCUGACAAGAGGUAGGAUCUGGAGCCAUUGCUAACCCAAUGUCCCUUCUCCAGGGCUCUUUACCCUUACCUGUGCCAACCUGGAAGGGAGGUGCCACCAGGUCUCUGUUUACAGCCGCAUGGCAUGUGGGUGACCACACAGGCAGCCAGCGUACCUCCAAAGAUGCACUAAUGUGCCAUGGCUUCCCUUGCCCAGCACCCCAGGGCGAGACUCCCAUUAUCGGGUGUAGGUCUGGAAGGGUACAUGCACUGCAAGCCUGUGAUCCCAGAACUCUCCAGGCAGCUGCAAAGAUGACUGCAACAACUUGAGACCCCCUGACCUCCACAAUGAGGGUCAGGCCAGUCAGGGUCCCAUAACAAGAUUGUCUUAAAAAAAAAUGUAAAGCAGCAGGUGGGUUGGCACACGCCUUUAAUCCCAGGGCUCAGGAGGCAGAGGCAGGUGGAUGUCUGGGAUUGAGACCAGCCUGGUCUACAGAGCAAGUCUAGGACAGCCAGGGCUACAUAGAGAGAUCCUGUCUCAAAAAAACAAAACAAAACAAAGUCUGCACAGUGGAGAAGUAUUUGUUACAUGAUCAUGAGUACACAUGUGACCCCCACACCUGUGGAGGAGCCCUGGAGAGCCAGACAUAGGGUGCCCAGGGACGGAGUGAGAAUCAGGCAGCCAUGGUCCACCCUGGCAGGCAGCUGCUGUAACACACACACAGACUGGCUCUAUUGUGAGGGCGGCUAGUUCCAUUUCCUUUCUCUGUUUUACAUUGUUGGUUUUGUUUUUAAAACAGGGUUUUGAAACUGGUCUGGAACUCACAGAGAUCCUCCUGCCUCUGCAUCCCAAGUGCUCAGUUAAAGAUGUAAGACACCAAGCCCAGUCCAUUCAGAAAUAUUUUUGGUUUUGGUUUUGGUUUUGGUUUGAUACAGGCUCUUACUAUGUACCCCUGGCUGUCGUGGAACUUAUUCUGUAGACCAGGCUGGCUUUGAACUCACAGAUCCACUUGCCUCUGUCUCCCAAGUGCCAGCCAACAGCACAUCUGGAGAUUUUUGAGAUUACUUUUAACCAGUUUCUAGUGUCCGCCCUCCGGAGAACAGUUCAUCCUGGAAUCCAGCAAUGAAUUCAUUUCUGGCUUCUACCCUGGGAUCUGCAGUUCCUGGAAGGUGGUGGUAACAGGGACCUUUCUUUCUUCAGUGGCAGCCUAUUGUGUAGCAAAACUUAGUGUGUUGUGAGGCCCCUAUGGACCACAGGACCAAACUCCAGCAGGCCCUCUCUGCCGUGCCAUGAAGGGUGUAGCAAGAUGUGACUGUCCCCAGCUCCAGCUUUUGAGCCUCUUGGCCCUUCUCUGAGACCCCUGCACUGUAAAGACCCGGAGGAACUCUGGUUAUUUUUCCAGAGGCUGCCACUGAACUGAAUGUGUGCAGUUAACACAUUAUCACACCAAUGCCUGAGUCCAGAGCCUAAGAGACACCCCUGGGUCCUUCCAGAAGUCACUGCACCUAAUACCCUGUCCUGGAAACACCCAGGGCCCGCCCUCAAGGCUUAACUGAAUGUAUCUCUCACCCGCAAGACUUGGCGGAUCUGCCUGCCUCCCUCCCACCUCCAUGCCAGCUAAUAAUAAAGUCCUCCAUAACGCGGGCUGCUCCUUGUUUCUGGCCAACUCCCACCCUGAACAAUGGUCUGGUGACAAGCUUUGAUAACAGCCUGUCCGACCACAAAGGGCCCAAAUACUACAAGAUAACAGGAAAGAAACUAUAGACGUAGACUCGGUGUAGAACUGGCAAUUCUUUCUCUUGAGAUGGGGUUUUCCUGUUGUCGCAUGUGUUGUGGAGAUCAAAGGACAACUCUCCUCCUUUUACCUCUGACCACGCCCCCAGCCUCCUCAUUGGUGGGGGGAUUCAAGGUGGGGCUCCACCCCUGAGCCAAGCUCCCAGCCACUCUCUUGGGAAUUUGGGGGGUUGGGGGGGAGCUCACUCCUGACCAGUCCCCCAACCCCUCUGUUUUAAAUGAAGAGCAUACAGUUUUGACAA